AUGGUCCAACUAAAGCAGGUGUCUCUGCGACUGAAGUCAAUUAAAAAUAUUCAAAAAAUCACCAAAACCAUGAAGAUGGUCUCCGCAAGCAAAUUUACAAAAGCAGAGCGUGAACUCCAAGCGGCUCGUCCUUUCGGCUACGGGCCCCGCAAGUUUUACGAGUCGAGCCACUUGGUGAAGGGUCCCGUAGACAAGAAACCAGCUGCCGAUGCUAAGAUUGAACCGGAGGUCGUCAAGCCCGAGGAUGAUAAAAAGACAAAAAGAGUCUACGUCGCCAUGACGUCGGAUCGAGGUCUCUGCGGCGGCGUGCACAGUGGAGUGGCGCGGCGCAUCAGGCGGGAGUUGGCGGCACGCAAAGCGGAAGGUGCCUCGCACAAAUUGGUCUGUGUAGGUGAUAAGUCCCGAGGAGUUCUACGUAGGACCUAUGCUGAUAACAUGCUCAUCAAUGUUAAAGAUAUCGGGCGCAUAGCGCCGGUGUUCGCAGACGCGUCGGUGAUAGCCGCAGCCAUCGCUGAAUCAAGAUACGGCUACGACAUAGGAGAAGUCUACUAUAACAAGUACUUCAGUCCCGUCAAGUACGAGUUAACAAUCGUGCCCUUCUUCAACAAGUUUCGCAUUGAGAACGCUCCGAACAUAUCAGCCUUUGAUGAGGUCGAGGAAGACCAGUUAGAGAGUUACGCGGAAUGGACGUUGGCGGCGCUGCUUUAUUACGCUCUGAAGCAAGGUGCUGCUUCGGAACAGUCCGCGCGGAUGGCGGCCAUGGAUAACGCCACUAAGAACGCCGAAGAGAUGAUCCGGAAACUGACACUGCUAUUUAAUCGCACCCGACAGGCCGUCAUCACAAGGGAACUUAUUGAAAUCAUCUCCGGGGCCGCCGCACUCAAUUGA